GUUCAACAUUUAUGUUGGAUGAUUAAAUGAUUUGAGUGAUUACAGAUAUAAUUGGGCCAGAUUUACAUAAAUUAAAUGGGCCUUAAAUCUUAAUAUGCCGUAUGGCCCAUAUCGAUGCUUCUUUCGUCUAACACUCCGAUCUCAAAGUCGCUGUACAGAAGAAAAAGCAAAGAAGCUCAUUUUAUACACACAGAGAGAGAAAUCCAGACCCGGCUUCUAACCCGAAAACCCGGAAAAUCGAGAAAAAUGGGCAAGGACGGACUGAGCGACGACCAGGUCUCAUCGAUGAAGGAGGCCUUCACGCUCUUCGACACCAACGGCGACGGCAAAAUCGCGCCGACCGAGCUCGGGAUCCUCAUGCGAUCACUCGGCGGGAACCCGACCCAAGCCCAGCUGAAAUCAAUCACCGACUCCGAAAACCUAACGGCUCCGUUCGAUUUCGACCGGUUUUUGGAUCUGAUGGCGAAGCACCUGAAGACGGAGCCUUUCGAUCGCCAGCUCCGCGACGCCUUCAAGGUGCUCGACAAGGAAGGCACCGGGUUCGUGGCAGUGGCGGAUCUGAGGCAUAUCUUGACAAGUAUCGGGGAGAAGCUGGAGCCUAACGAGUUUGACGAGUGGAUCAAGGAGGUGGAUGUGGGGCCCGAUGGGAAGAUCAAGUAUGAGGAUUUCAUUGCCAGGAUGGUUGCUAAGUGAGAUCUAAUUUGCUUUAAAGUUUGAAUUUUUUAUGAAGUUUGGGUUUGUUGAUUCGAGCGAAUUGCCUUGGGAUUAGUAAGUACUAACUUUGUUGUUCCCUUUCUAAUGAGAAUGUUGUGUGGUGUUGAUUCCUA